GAAGAGCUACUUCCUGUUCUUCGAGACGGGCUGCGCCAAGCACCUCUGCGUCCGCACGGAACGCUUGGAGGUCCAAUCCGUUUUCAAAGUUCCGGCCAGCGAGCUCCACACCGUGUGGCUGAUUACUGGCUUGGCCUUUGCUUGGGCCACCCUCUUGCUGACUGCACUCCAGCUGAAGCAGUGGAUGACACCAGUUUUUGGCGGACUGCCAGCGGAGCGCGGGCACUCCAUUGCCCGUCUGACGGCCAUUGUGCUGCUCCUCCCGGCCACAUACGGCGUGUGCGCCGCUGGAGCCCUGCGGGUGAUAACGACGAACAGGGAGGACACCUGGACAGCUGAAGCGCUGCUGGACGUUGCAGAACUCUUCUCUGCAAUCGCAUUGUACUCUUUCCAGCGGCUCCUCAUUGUGUACGUGGACGUUCUUCAUGCAGACUCACCGAAGGCGGAUGUCAAGGUGGAGCCCGACCAGAUUCGCCACAGCUUCCAGAAAGUCAUGUCCGUGGGCAUCCAGCAGUACGUUGUGUUGCAGUUCGGUUGCAACUCGAUCCUGGUGGCUGUCAAGGCUUGGGAUUGGCUGCACCCAAGCUCCUGCGAGGAUGCCCUCCAAGGCAUGAUGCAGUACGUCUUUCCACGGCACAACAUCAGCCUGGCGAUAAACGAGGCAAAGCUGCGAGACACCAUCCACACGAGGACAAGCUCCUUGGCAUGCGAGGAUGUCUGGAAUGCUACCUCCUUGCUUAUGGUUGUGGCGGACUUCUUCACCUGCAGCAUCGCGCUUUUCGCGGUCCUGCAGUACGAGCAUGCCUUCAAUGAUGCGCUGCGACCGGUUCGGCCGUUCUGGAAGUUCUGGGGCGUGAAAGGGCCUCUCGGAUGCAUCAGUUACAUAAGAACGAGUACAUGUAUACUUUGCAUUCCGCAACCACACCUACACACAUACAGAUAUCUCAACACACAUCUGUGUGUGGGCAGCGUUUUCAGUUCGGCAUGCUACUUUUGGUGCUGUGACUGUUGGGGGGACACGGGCACCAGACAGAGAUGCAUACAAGAUGUGUGGUUGUGUGCGUGUGUGGGCGUACGCGCGCGCGCGCGUGUCUCUACACAAACCUGA